UGGCUGCUGCUGCUGCUGCUGGCGGCGGGGGCCGCGGCCAGCGGCGAGUACUGCCACGGCUGGCUGGACGGGCAGGGGGGCUGGCGGGACGGCUUCCAGUGCCCCGAGCGCUUCGACGGCGGCGACGCCACCAUCUGCUGCGGCAGCUGCGCCCUCCGGUACUGCUGCUCCAGCCCCGAGGCGCGUCUGGACCAGGGAGCCUGCGACAACGACCGGCGGCAGGGGGGCGGCGAGGCGGGACGGCCCGGCAAGGACGGCCCCGACGGGGCGGCAGUGCCCAUCUACGUGCCAUUCCUUAUUGUUGGAUCUGUAUUUGUCGCCUUCAUCAUCUUGGGGUCGCUGGUGGCAGCUUGCUGCUGCAGAUGCCUGCGGCCCAAACAGGAGCCCCAGCAGAGCCGAGCCCCCGGGGGCACCCGCCUGAUGGAGACCAUCCCCAUGAUCCCAAGUGCCAGCACUUCCCGGGGCUCCUCUUCCCGCCAGUCGAGCACCGCCGCCAGCUCCAGCUCCAGCGCCAACUCGGGGGCCAGAGCCCCCCCGACCAGGUCCCAGACCAACUGCUGUUUGCCAGAAGGGACCAUGAAUAACGUCUACGUCAACAUGCCCACCAACUUCUCGGUGCUGAACUGCCAGCAGGCUACCCAGAUCGUGCCCCACCAGGGGCAGUACCUGCACCCCCAGUACGUGGGCUACGCCAUGCAGCACGACUCCAUGCCCCUCACCCCCGUGCCCCCCUUCCUCGACGGUUUGCAGAGCGGCUACAGGCAGAUCCAGUCCCCCUACCCGCACGCCAGCAGCGAUCAGAAGAUGUACCCGGCUGUGACUGUGUAGCCCCUCCCCGCCCGACAGAUUUUGAUAUCAAAACUGAACGGAGGAGAAAUACUUCCUCGGAACAAAGCUCCCAGGACAUCACUUGUAAAUAAUUUUGAAAGGCUCAUGCAUGUCAGACAGUGUUUAUAAACCAUUUAUUUUCAUCGGGGUCCGUUGCCAGAACUGUAGGAUGAUAUCUCUGAAUUAGCGUUGCCAGACACGCUCUCAUUCCAGUGCAUGAUUUACAGCGGCGGAGGAUUACGCUGGAAAUGCAAAUGCAUUUCAGAUCGCUGUACUUGCAAGAUAAAUGCCGGAGCCAUUAAGUGCCCUUCAGGUAUGACAUGGUCAGAAGUAUUUGCCUAAUUAAUUCCUAAAAAGAGUUUUGUUACACUGUACAAGACCGCAGUACUUAAGAAACCUCUCUUCUCCUCUACCAGCUCCUUAGUGACGUUUCCCCGUUGCUUUACAGACAAUCACAACCGAGAGCCGAACCGUGCAAUCCCUGCGGGCUGGGUGCUGGGACUCCUUCUGCUUCACCCCCACUUCGGGGUGAAAUGCCACAAAAGGCUGAGUCUUGCAAAGACCAAUGUUCCUUGUCCCUGGUAUUUAUGUAGGAAUUAGAAGAGUGUGAGUUAUUCGGCUCUUCUUUCCAGUGCACUUGAAACCCUUGAUUUGGUUUUGCCUCGAGAUCAGGACCCAGUAGUGGUUUGCACAGACUUUGUUUAUCUUUGAGAACUUUUUUACUAAAAGACAGGGUACGAGGUGCUCGCUGUUCCUGGUGCUCAGCAAAGCUUUUUGGUACAGCUGAAGCUGCCUUUCCAGAGAGAGGCCGUACUGUGACUCCAAACACGCCUGAUUUAACCUCACUUCCCAUGAAACAGUAAACCCGUGUGAACAUGCACGAAGUUGUCAGCCCCGGGCCCUGCUUGCCAUCGAGGCAAAAAAAUUCAAAGGGAAUUUCGUAGAAAAACAGGCUUCGUCCUUCCAUCAUCCCACCCCGGGUCCCCAGCCCUGCUCCCUUGGGGGUCACACAAAGCCACCCCAACCUGGGCACGGAGGGGGUUUGAAACCCAUCCCCUUUUCUUCUUCCCCUGUGGGGCAGAGGAGUAGGAAGGCACAGCUGUAUUUAAAAAGAAGGAAAAGGCCCAACCAAAGGAUGAAGGUGCCUGUGGCUCCCUGUGAUGCUGCGGGGGUCAGGGAGAAGGCAGGAUACUUGGGGAGGGGGUCACUUUGGGCUGGAGCUGCUGUCUCUGUCUUGCUUUGCUUCAUCUGGGGAAAAAAUACCUCUCUGGGUUGCAGAGGCAGCAGCGUGCUGGGAACAAUCAGAGUGUACUAAUUGUAGUCUAGCAUCCCAGAUGCAAUAAACUAUUUAAGGCUGGUUUUUGUCCCCUAAAAAAAGAAAAAAAGUAUUCUCUGCAUUUCCAUCCAUUUGUUCUUCAGCCAAAACGCCGCAACAGAGGACCGAGGGCAUGUACCAGACCUGGGCAAUUACUGCGACCAGAGCAGAGCUGAUAAAAGGUUUCUUAUUGUCUGAUACUGUAUCAGUAUGUAGCAAUAACUGUGAUACUACUAUUUUUUUUGUACCUCUGUUUUUUAAAUCCUGCCUGGGUGCGGAAGCGUUGCCAAAUCCAGUGGUUUACUGGGAAGCAUUGCCAAAUCCAGUGGUUUACUGGGAACGUGCCACACGCAGGCAGCCUGCAGCGGGCAGCGACCGUCUGACCACUGACAUGGAAAAUGAAUAGAUGAUUUAUCCCAGACCUGCCAUUCCUGGCUGCCAUCGUCGCCCCUUCAGCGUGUAGGACCUGGACAGAAGGAUUGGCUUGUGGGACCCAGCUUCCCCCCAGCCAGGCUGGGUGGCUUCAGUGAGGCAAUGACCAGCUGCUGGAGGCGAUGGGUGACUGCUCUGCUCGGCCCACACAGCUCCAUGGAUCUCCAAAGGCAGUGGGUGCACCAGAGCUGGGUGCCGCCAGGCUUCUGAAGGACCCAACAUGCACUCGGGUCUCAUGGGGAUUUAGGUUUCUGCCUGCCCACGCUGACCUUCCAAAGCUGAGUUGGCAUCAGGCAUGGUGGGCUCGGGUGCCUUCAGCUGCUGGUGGCUCCAGCAGGAGCUGGUGGUGCUUGUCCCCAGGUGAGACCUGGCCUGUCACAGCGUGGCCGGACAACAGGCUCAUCCCUGUGUUCCCAGCUGUGACCCAAGUCAGCUCCUGCCCCCCCAGCACGCACUGCCUGCCUUGCACCUGCCCUGGCAAGGACACCUCCUCUGACCUAUGAAAUUCAGGUGAACCUCUUUGUAUAUUGUUUACUUGUUUAAAAAAAAAAAAAGAAUAAGUUAAAUUUAAGUCUGUAGAAAUUAAUUUACAACCGAAGGCGGAGAAACCUAAGUUGUAAUAAAAGGAAGUUUGUGAGAUGUGGUGGGUUUUUUUUAAUGUCAUGUACAAUAAUGUAAAACCAAUGUUACCAUUUGAUAUAGCUUUUAAAUCUCUGAAAGGGCACUUGCUUUAAAGUGUUUCUUACAAAUGAAGAAAAAAGUCCCCCUUUGUUUCUUAAUAAAUACUUUAUGGUGUGA